UCAACAGAAACUCACAGAAAGAAGAUAAGGAAAAUGGAGCGUCUUCUUCAGUUAGGGGCCGGUGGAUUACAUGGGAUUGGUCAGCCUCCUCCUGGUGUUGAUACUCCAAUGAUGGACACUGCAGAAACCGUAUACAUAUCUUCGCUGGCUUUACUGAAAAUGUUAAAGCAUGGACGUGCUGGAGUACCAAUGGAAGUGAUGGGUUUGAUGUUAGGAGAAUUGGUUGAUGAUUACACUGUACGAGUCAUUGAUGUAUUUGCAAUGCCACAGAGUGGAACGGGUGUAUCAGUAGAAGCAGUUGAUCCUGUAUUUCAAUCUAACAUGUUGGACAUGUUGAAACAAACUGGAAGACCUGAGAUGGUCGUUGGUUGGUACCACUCUCACCCGGGGUUCGGUUGUUGGCUAUCAGGAGUUGAUAUUAACACACAGCAAAGUUUUGAAGCUCUUUCUGCAAGAGCAGUGGCUGUGGUUGUUGAUCCCAUUCAAAGUGUUAAAGGAAAGGUAGUGAUUGAUGCUUUUAGGUUGACUGAUCCACGGAUGCAGGCUCUCGGCCAAGAGCCUCGACAGACCACCUCUAAUCUUGGGCACCUUCAGAAACCAUCAAUACAGGCUUUGAUACAUGGUUUGGGUCGGCAUUACUAUUCACUGCCAAUUAAUUAUAGAAAGAACGAGCUUGAAUAUAAAAUGUUAAGUAAUCUUCACAAGAAAACCUGGAUGACCGGCCUCCAGCUACAAGACUUUAAAGAAAUAGGAGCAUCAAAUGAAAAGACCGUUGAAGAGAUGCUAGAACUUGCUAAGAGUUAUAACAAAGCACUAGAAGAAGAGGAGGGAAUGACCCCAGAGCAGCUGGCAAUUAAAAAUGUUGGAAAAGUGGACCCGAAGAGACAUCUAGAAGAGAAGGUGGACCAAGUUUUGACUGAAAACAUCACACAGACUCUUGGAGCUAUGCUGGAUACUGUUGUCUUCUCUUGAGGAAGAGGAGAAGAGACUGCCUCACUCUAACUCUCUUUUUUUCAAACUUGCAUUCCAUACCCACGUUUUGUCACGUGUGUAGCUAUAACGUUUAAUCUAUGAUUUAAUCUCAUGCGUGGGUAAUUUCUCUAUAAAA